GGCGGAAAACCAACACCUUUGUUACAUCUACACUCGCCAAACUGCAACAAUUGAAACGUUGAGAAGGCUUUUGCAGAUGCAGGAGCAAGUGAAGCAAACACUUCGCUCCUCGAACAAGUGCGGCAUUCAUUAUUACUUUGACGCAGACGAUGGCGACAUGGUGGUUAUGCAGCGACUUCGUGGCGACCUCGAGCAGGUAUAUGCAGACACUGACCUCGCAUUAGUAUCCACAGGCCUUGAUGGAAUCUCAUCGCCUUGUUCGCUAACGAAUUUAACACGAAUCACGGACGCCGCCUCCUGUAUUGACGUCCUACUCAGCCGAAUCAUUCCUUUCGACUGUAAGAUUGUCGGAGACGCUUUCUGGUACGAAGUGACCAAAACCGGUGUUGAAAACAAAGUCGAGCCUGGAAAGCCACCUCAGAAAGAAAAAGCGGCGGUAAUUUUGCAAUCCUUCAUCAUGGAAAUGGAGCAAGACGGCAGCCCGGUGAAGAUCCAGUUCCGCUAUGCAACCAAGCGCGUUGUUGAUGAACACCGCGAGGUGGUUGCUUUUUCGGGGCAAAGCCAGGUGCUGGAAGCGUUUGGGGCCGUUAUCAGUGGAGUCCGCUGUCGAGAGAAGCACUGGUUCGUCCUGAGCGAGAUAUCCCCAGGAGUGACAAUGGUGAAGGUUUGCAUGAGCAGGGUCGUCAAUUUUGACUGCGACCUACCCCUCUGUCAACCAUUCGUCGACCGAACUAUUCAAAUGCUGGCGAAGCAGAAGCAAAUGGGAUUCGAGGUAUUGCUGGAGGAUGUCGAAAAGAGACUAAUGGCCGGUUGCCUGUAGCAAAGGUAUGGUAUUUAGAAAUACUUACAUAAGAUUAUAGUCCUGUGGCGAAUAUUUUAGGUUUGGUUACGAUUGCGGUAAUUUAGCGCAGUAAACAGAAUUUCAAUAAAAGAAACAUCCUGUCGUGUCUACGAGA